CGAACGCAGCUGACGUCGGAGGUGGGCUGGAAUAUGCUCCAACCUUGCAUGAUCGUGAGGGUCAUAUAAAGUAGAUCUAGCCGGGAUGCGGUCAUAAUCUCUACAACCCUACGGAGUAAGCAGCGCCAUCAGGUAACCUUCCCCUCCCCCCUUACGCCAGAUAUAAUCCCCUCUCCGCUUCGAUCUCUAGUCCUUUUCCUUUCUUUCUCUUUUUCUUUCCACUAUGUCUGAUAAGGAAGACAACCCCCAGACCCCCGCACAGGAGAACGAGAACACCCCCAAUUCCCCUAAGCCUCAAGAGGAACAGGACAACGGUCCAAGCUCCCCUCAGUCCAAGGAAGAAGGACAAGAAGACAACGGUCCUAGCACCCCUCAACCCAAGAAAGAAGAACAAGAGGACAACGGUCCUAGUUCCCCUCAACCUAAAGAAGAAGAAGGACAAGACAACGGUCCUCAACCCAAACAGGAGGAGAACGACAACAAGACCUUCAAACAAGAACCCGACUCGGAUAACGAGCCCGCUCCUCAACGGGAACCAGCUCCUGAACGUCGCCAAAGAAGACCUCGUCCCCAGAAAACUCGUCAGGACUCCGGAGCAAUGGCAGACACUGCCGAGAAGCCCCGCCGCCAGCGUCGCCAGCGUCGCCAGCCCCAAGAACAGCAAGACGGCGGUCCCCUCGGAGGCCUAGGUGGAGUGGACCAAGUCGGCGACCUGGUCCAGAACACGGCCGGUAAUGCUGUCAAUGGUGUGACCGGCUCUGCCGGCAAGGCUGUUGGUGGUGUCCUCGGCGGCGGCAAGAGCGAGGGUGGUGACGACGGCGGAAAGGACGAACAGCUGCGACUGCGUCUAGAUCUGAACCUCGACAUCGAAGUGCAAUUGAAGGCCAAGAUUCAUGGUGAUCUGACUCUUGGAUUGCUGUGAGUCUCCCCUUCACCCAAAUCAUUAUUCCUCAUGGGCCCGAGCUAACCUACUUCCUUCGCAGUAACUAAACGACGUGACGUGAACUCGACCGAUAGACGAAAAGCACCCUUUCCUAUCUCGUAUCCGUCUCUUUGCUUCAUUGCACAUACUCGAUACCUUUGAUCUUUUCAUGCCUUGCCUUUCUAUGUUCGAUUGCAUAUGAUAAUGCCUUUUGGGAUUUUUUUUACUCGGGUGUUUGUUCGCAGAGUUUAGAUCUCCCAUGCUGCCGAUUCCACUUUGACGAUUAGCUUUUUUCUGGUUUCUUUCUUAUAUUGGUGGGAUGAUAUGGUUGUUUCUGCUUCUUUUCUUCAUUAUCCUUUCUGUUCCAUCUUUCCAUUGUUACUUUGUCUCGAGACCGAAACGAUGCGAUGCAUAUAGUAUUUCCGAACUUGGGAUCCCAAGGACUU